GUUACAUUAGGCACCAGCUGAAUGACAUCGACCCCGCUGCUGUGAUGUGUCCUGGAGGCUGUUGUGCCCAAAUUUGCGGAGAUUCUCUCACAGUGUGGCCAGUGGCCAGCACCAACCAGCAGCACGAGGGAAGAGCUUGGCUCUGAAGUCCACGGAGGAAGCUGCACGUGGGAACCGCCCAUUUAUUUCAGAAGCUGGACCACUGGGCUCUGCUUGCUUGCAUCCUUUGUCAUCCUCGGCAUCCACGAUGGAUGAGACACGGGAGUCUUUGGCCAUGACUGUCCACCUCCUGGCCAACUCCGGGCAUGGCUCGCUUCUGCAGCAAACACUGGACCAGCUCCUGAACUGUGUUUUCCCAGAGGUCCGUCUCUUUCUGGUGUCUGAGCGGGUCAGUCCAGUGAAAUACUAUGACAAGUCCCACUCCAAGCGGUCCCGCUUCCCAGGGAUGUCUGUUCUGCUCUUCCUGCAUGAAAGCCUCGGAGAGGAGCGUCUAUUUCGCGUUCUUGACUCGCUACAGCAUUGGCCGUGGCAGUGCUACCCCACCCAGAAUGUACAGGGAAGACCGUGCCCCAACAUUCUUGCCAAUCAGGAAUUCUAUAGUCUGGACAACCAGAUGCCCGUCUGGGGCGUGAGGCAGGUGCGCUGUGGCACCGAGAUCCUGAGAGUGACGCUCUACUGCAGUUUUGAUAACUACGAGGAUGCCAUCAGGCUCUAUGAGAUGAUCCUGCAGAGGGAAGCCACCUUGCAGAAAAGCAACUUCUGUUUCUUCGUGCUCUACUCCACCGAGAGCUUUGCCCUGCAGCUUUCCCUGAAGCAGCUGCCCCCGGGAACGUCGGUGGACCCCAAAGAGGCUUCAGUGUUGCAGUUCCAGGUUCAAGAGAUUGGCCAGUUAGUGCCUCUUCUACCCCAUCCGUGUGUCCCCAUCAGCCACACCCGGUGGCAAACACAGGACUAUGAUGGCAACAAGAUUCUUCUUCAGGUCCAGUUGAAUCCAGGACUUGGUGUAAGGAGUGGCGAGCUUGCCUUUCUGAAUGGCACCUCGGGAGCUGACACUCUUCCCCAGGGCUCCAGGCUGACCCCUGUCUCUGCAAUUAGGACCCUAGAGCCGAGGAGCCGAAGGAGCCGGGGCAGGAGGUUCAAGGUGGGCUCUGUGGAGCUCCCUGAACCUGGUGGGAGGACAGCAUCCAACAGCUCUAGUGGCUCUUCAUGGAAAGGUCCUGGCCGCUCAUCGCAGCCCAGCAGCCCAGCCGGAGACUCACAGCUGCACGUGCCUUCUCCCCACCUUGAACCUGGAGCCAGAAUGAAGGUCCUCAGCCGGGAAAACAGCUUGGGGAAGCUGGAGGCAGAGACAAAUGUUGACACAGGAUUCACCGUGGUCAGUUCUGAACCCAGGCAAUCUUUUCUGAGCAGAUUUCCAAGGGAUCUGCGGACCCAACAGCCACCAUCCUGCUUGUCAACCUCUUCCUUAGGGGCAGGUGCUUACAAAAACAAUGGAAUCUUUAAGGAAAGGGUUCAUCCUCUGUCACCUGUGGCCCAAAGGGACCUUGGUGCCAGAAAGAUCAUCUCAAAAUGUGCCCUUCCUCUGCCAGUCCAGGGUGAAGAAAAAGAAGCAGCAGAAGAAUUCUUUAUAUAGCAUAAAACAACUGUGGUUUUCUAAAACACAAGAUCAAAUACAAUGUUCUAGAAAUGGAGCACUGACCCAGAAUUAGCCUGUUUUUUGUUCAUCUGAGGAGGCCUGAAUGCUAGCCAUGCACAGAUCUGUAUCGCUUUUAUUUCAAAUGUUCAGAGUCUAAUGAUGCUGGUGAGUGGUUGUUUAUUUGCCGUCAUGGUCAUGAGGGAAUACUGCCAAAGCACAGGGAAAAAGCCCAACGCCCCGUGUCCUUGGAGACACACUA